AAAUUCUCUGUACUAUCCAUCAGUUCUUGUUUAAUUGUAAACUGUCGAAGUGAAACUUAAAAUGGAAAGUCAUAAAUUUGUUCAAUUACUUUUAACGUGCGGAUUAUUCGUGCUAUGCGCAGGCACAGCAUGUAGCAACAGCUUGAGCAAAGCUUACACCGGUCCUACGACAGCCGCCGGUCUAAAUUUAAUCAAAGAACAUGAAGGUUUCCAGCCAUAUUUUUAUACCGAUUCGAAAAAGAAUAAACUCAUCGGCUAUGGGUACGUUUGCCAAGCAAAUCUUUGCGACAAACUACGACCACCCAUAACAGUUAGUCAAGCAACCAGUUUACUGAAAGCUCAGCUCAAAUCAUUCGAAGAAUGCGUCAAUGCGAACGUUCGAUGUGGCCAAUUGAAUGCAGCUCAAUUUUCUGCUCUCGUUUCGUUUACAUUCGAUUUGGGAUGCGAAUGUUUAAAGAAGUCAGCGCUACUUCUUAAAUUGAAUAAAAAUGAUGUGUCCGGUGCUUCUGCUGAAUUUGCUAAAUGGAAUAGGAAGGAUGGUAAAGUUACACCGGAACUGACUAGGCGACGAGCCGCUGAACGACAAUUAUUCUGCUCGAAAAACGCAUGCUAAACUUAUGGUUGUUUAAUAAUUUUGUUUAGAAAUUUAAGGAAUAUUCCGUAGUCAAAUUGGUGUAAGGUAUGACCAGUAAAAUCAGCUGGUUUUUACAAAUUAUAGUUGAAUAUUGACUGAAAUACACGUACAACUAA